GGCAGUUUGGUCACAUGGCCUGACAGCAGGUGCUGGGGACCCUGAGAUAGAGACAGUGGGGUCCAGACGCAGGAAAGGCAGUCUGAGGCUGGUUUCCCGAAUGAAUGGGGGAUCAAGGCAUUAUCCUGGCACUGGGGCCCUGGAAUCAGCCCUGUCCCAGCGAUGCUUGUAAUGCAGUCAGAAGAUCAACUGCUGCAAACCUGGAGCUAGGUCUCUGUGGGGUCCAGGAUGGUCCAUCAGGGUCCCCUCUUGCUGUUGGCUGCACAUCAGAAAGGCUAUGAUGGGAAUGAAGGUGAAAACUUGGAGAUUUCACUUAAGUCAUUGCUUCUGCCUGGAAGAUCAUCCUUUGGAAGUAGAGAAGCUGCUCUGUGUGGUGGUUAAUUCCAAGAGGCAGAACUCAUUCUAGAAGGAAAUGGAUGCAAGCAGCUCUGGGGGCCCCAAAAGCAUGCUUCCUGUGGUCUAGCCCAGGGAAGCCCUUCCGUGGGGACCCUGGCUUCCAGGGAUGCCACCGGUUCUGGACGCAUGGCUGAUUCCUGAAUGAUGAUGGUUCGCCGGGGGCUGCUUGCGUGGAUUUCCCGGUUGGUGGUUUUGCUGGUGCUCCUCUGCUGUGCCAUCUCCGUCCUGUACAUGUUGGCCUGCACCCCAAAAGGUGACGACGAGCAGCUGGCACUGCCCAGGGCCAACAGCCCCACGGGGAAGGAAGGGUACCAGGCCGUCCUGCAGGAGUGGGAGGAGCAGCACCGCAACUACGUAAGCAGCCUGAAGCGGCAGAUCGCGCAGCUCAAGGAGGAGCUGCAGGAGAGGAGUGAGCAGCUCAGGAACGGGCAGUACCAAGCCAGCGAUGCUGCUGGCCUGGGGCUGGACAGGAGCCCCCCAGAGAAAACCCAGGCUGACCUCCUGGCCUUCCUGCACUCGCAGGUGGACAAGGCAGAGGUGCAUGCUGGUGUCAAGCUGGCCACGGAGUAUGCAGCAGUGCCUUUUGAUAGCUUUACUCUACAGAAGGUGUACCAGCUGGAGACUGGCCUUACCCGCCACCCCGAGGAGAAGCCCGUGAGGAAGGACAAGCGGGAUGAGUUGGUGGAAGCCAUUGAAUCGGCCUUGGAGACCCUGAACAAUCCUGCAGAGAACAGCCCCAAUCACCGUCCUUACACAGCCUCUGAUUUCAUAGAAGGGAUCUACCGAACAGAAAGGGACAAAGGGACAUUGUACGAGCUCACCUUCAAAGGGGACCACAAACACGAAUUCAAACGGCUUGUCUUGUUUCGACCAUUCGGCCCCAUCAUGAAAGUAAAAAAAGAAAAGCUCAACAUGGCCAACACGCUUAUCAAUGUUAUCGUGCCUCUAGCAAAAAGGGCGGACAAGUUCCGGCAGUUCAUGCAGAAUUUCAGGGAGAUGUGCAUUGAGCAGGAUGGGAGAGUCCAUCUCACUGUUGUUUACUUUGGGAAAGAAGAAAUAAAUGAAGUCAAAGGAAUACUUGAAAACACUUCCAAAGCUGCCAACUUCAGGAACUUUACCUUCAUCCAGCUGAAUGGAGAAUUUUCUCGGGGAAAGGGACUUGAUGUUGGAGCCCGCUUCUGGAAGGGAAGCAACGUCCUUCUCUUUUUCUGUGAUGUUGAUAUCUACUUCACAUCUGAAUUCCUCAAUACGUGUAGGCUGAAUACACAGCCAGGGAAGAAGGUAUUUUAUCCAGUUCUUUUCAGCCAGUACAAUCCUGGCAUAAUAUAUGGCCACCAUGAUGCAGUCCCUCCCUUAGAGCAGCAGCUGGUCAUAAAGAAGGAAACUGGAUUUUGGAGAGACUUUGGAUUUGGGAUGACGUGUCAGUAUCGGUCGGACUUCAUCAAUAUAGGUGGGUUUGAUCUGGACAUCAAAGGCUGGGGCGGAGAGGAUGUGCACCUCUAUCGCAAAUAUCUCCACAGCAACCUCAUAGUGGUGCGGACGCCCGUGCGAGGACUCUUCCACCUCUGGCAUGAGAAGCGCUGCGUGGACGAGCUGAGCCCUGAGCAGUACAAGAUGUGCAUGCAGUCCAAGGCCAUGAACGAGGCGUCCCACGGCCAGCUGGGCAUGCUGGUGUUCAGGCACGAGAUAGAGGCUCACCUUCGCAAACAGAAACAGAAGACAAGUGGCAAAAAAACAUGAACUCCCAGAGAUGGAUGGUAGGAGACACCUUCUCUUUCCUUUUGCAGUUACUGAAAGUGGCUGCAACAAAGAAAAGACUUCCAUAAAGGACGACAAAAGAACUGGACCCGUGGGUCAGAGACGAGAGAGCCUCCGAUUUCUCUCUGGCUUUUUAUAACAGAAAUCAAAAUCUCCACUUUGCCUGCAAAACUAGCCCAGCAGCACCCUGUGUCUGACAAAGGCAGAAUGCUUGUGAGAUUAUAAGCCUAACGGUGUGGAGGUUUUGAUGGUGUUUACAACAAACUGAGACCUAUUGUUUUGUGUGCUCACUGAAAUAUUCAUGAUUUAAGAGCAGUGUUGUAAAAAGUUCAUUAGCAUGAAAGGCAAGCAUAUUUCUCCUCAUAGGAAUGAGCCUAUCAGCAGGGCUCUUGUUUCUAGCAGUGCUAAAAUAUCAGAAGGCAGAAGAGGAGAUAUGCUUAUUAUGAUCCUAGUGAGUACAUUAAGCAAAAUCAAAUGGACCAGAAAA